AUGUCUGUUCGAUCUCGUAAAUUACUCGCACAUUCUAUAGGCUAUCUGUGUAUCACUAUUUUUUUUGGUCUAACAACGUAUAUUGUCUAUGUCUACUACACAACUAUUGCUCGAAGUGUCAUAAAUGAAUCAUAUCCAAAAUUUAUAUGGCAUUUUAUAUUUGGUAAUUGGUUAAUGAUCAAUAUUUAUUUUAAUUAUAUGAUGGCAUGGUUAACAUCACCAGGCUAUGCAAAAGAUUUUCAACCAUUAGCUACCCAAUAUCCUGCAUGUAAAAAAUGUAGUUAUCAUAAACCACCAAGAACUCAUCAUUGUCGUUGGUGUGAUAAGUGGUUAGAUAAUUGUGUUGGCUGGGCAAAUCAUCGCUAUUUUUUUCAGUUUUGUUGUUAUAUGUCAGCUGGCUGCUUCUAUGCUGGUAUUUUCGGUUUUCGAGAAUAUCAAAUUGGCCUUAUAGGCGAAAAACGUUUUUCACAAACAAAUUGUAUAUUUCAUGCAUUCGAAAUUUUGGAAACAUUAGACAUUGUUGGUUUUCUUACCUAUUAUAUAUUUAUAGCAGGAUUAACUAUUAGUAUAUUACUGGUUGGUCUAAUUUUAUGGCAUGCUAAUAUGAUAAUGCAUGGAGAAACGUCAUUAGAACGAAUGUUAAAUGUUGAAUAUCGUCAACAAUGUUCUCAAGAAGGCUAUCUGUUUGUUAAUCCAUAUGAUUUUGGACGUUUAGAAAAUUGGAAAAUAUUUUUUGGUGCACGAACAUUGAGAGAAUUUUGUAGAAAAGUUUUACUACCUUCCACACAUAAACCGCAUGGAAAUGGUGUGACAUGGGAUGGCUUUAAUGUUAAUUUAAAUGCAUUUGAAAAACAAUAUCAACCAACAACAAAUAAUAAUAAUAAUAACAUUCGUCCAACACGAGUCUUAUAUUCAUCCUCACCAAUGCCAAAUAUUCCAUUUGGCUAUCCUCGAGCAAGAACACCAAUUGUGCCCCCUUGGGAAACAUCAACACUACCACGUCCGUCAUCACCAUUGACAUUUUUAGGAAAUCAACAUCCUGUUCAACCACAACAUGAAUCUAAUAAAGUUUUAUAG